AUGCCUUGCAAUGCGCUUCUCGGUGACAUCCACAAAGGCAGAGCCCUCAAGAAAACCGUGACCAACGACCGGUCUGCGCCCAUCGUCGGCAAGGUCUCUGGAGGCGCUGGUCCUUCACCUUUGGGCGGUGGCGCUCCAGCUGUUCCUCGGCCUCCUGGCCCCAGCAGCAACGGCCUGAACCCUCCGUCUAUGGCCAGCCGGGCCCGCAGCAACAGCGAGCAUGUAGGCGGCGCCGACAUGAGCGCGCCGCAGCUCGGUGGCCUCUUUGCCGGCGGCAUGCCAAAGCUGCGAAAGACUGGAGGAGGUGUCAAGACUGGAGCCGUGUCCCAUCUAUCCGAUUCCGAAGACAACUCGCGAAAGAGUGCUCCUCGACCACCGACCUUCUCGGCCCCAAAACCACCUGCCAGCGCCGCUCCUCCGAUUCCUGGCCGGCCUUCUUUUCCCGCCCCGAGUAUACCUCCUCCACCACCAGUCUCGGCACCGCCCACACCAGCUCCGGCUCCUCAUCCUCAUUCCCAUUCUCAGCCUCAUCAUAGCGGUCCAACAUUCCACCCGUCCAUUGUGAACCUGCGCAAACCCUCUGGCCGAACCGACAUGUUGCGACCAAACUCUUCGGCUUCUCAGAUCGUCCUCAACAAGGGUCCUCCUCCUCCCAUCGGCAAGAAGCCACCACCUCCACCCGGCUCUAGGAAGCCCUCGUCGUCUGUGUCCACGCCUCCUGUCCUGCCACCAUCUCAUCCGCCGCCACUUCCCUCGUCGGCAGCUCCUGCCAUCCCGUCGGCACCUGCUCCGCCUGUGCCCCAGGCACCCACGACGACAUCAUCUCUGCUUCCGCCGGCUCCGUCCACUUCGACGUCCGUCUCCCUCUCUCCGCUGAUCAGCAGCAAAACUGCCAACCACCUCGCGGCCGUGCCGCCGCCAAUGCGCGUGUCUAUGCUGGACCCGUCUGCCUACACGCUGUCGUCCAACGGAAGCAGCGGCGCGCCCGGUCCAUCGCCAACGCGUAACGGCGGUGGCACCGUGUCGCCACGGGCACAAUCCAGUGGAACGGGGCGCUACAUUGUGCAGGAUACCCGGUGGCGCUUUAUAAGCGACGACCAGCUGCCCAAGGCACGUGAGUUUCAGGCCGGCAUCAAGCGCUAUCGGGCCGGACGGGGUAGCAGUGUACCGCUCGACUUGAGCUCGCUGACGUAG